AUGGCUGGGAAAGAAGGGCUGUCGUUCAGCGAGGCCAUCAUGGCAGCGGGCGACGCCAUCCACCGCUUCCCCCUGAUCAAGAUCCAAGGGGUCCCUCUCAUGUGCCACAUUGCCCAUAACUGGGACUCUAUCUGGGCCUUCCGCCCCGAUCCCUCCGACCUCCUUAUUGCCACCUACCCCAAAGCAGGUAACUGGAAAGAGGUUAUUCAUUCAUUGAUUUUGUAAUUCACAGAUGAUUAAAGGUAGCCUGGUUAAACCAGACCGAAUACUGCGCUCACCGAAUGACGGUCGCAGGGUUCAGUCCGGUUCAACCAGGCAAAAUUAAAGGGACAAGUUUGAAAUCAAAGUUUGUCCGAUAUUUUGAGACCUUAAAAGUAGUCGAAUGCCAGAUGAGUCCACAUACCACGGCAUCGGUUGCCUAGAGCUAGCUUAACAGGAGGCUGGUGAGGGGAGGACGUAAUAAUGGCUGGAAUGGAGUGAAUGGAAUGGUGUCAAACGCAAAGAAAUCAUGUAUUUGAUACCAUUCUAAUAAUUCCAUUCCAGCCAUUACUAUGAGCCCGUCCUCCCAAAUGAAGGUGCCUCCAGCCACCUGUGCUAGCUAUAUGCCUCAAACCAAAAUGAAUUAACCAGAUAAGCACAGCGAAUCCUGAAAACAAUAUGGUGCUUAUCCUUUCCAUUGAUUUUGGAUUGUGGUUCAUAGCUAUAUCUUCUUAACCUGGGACGUCGUGGAGUUACAGUAUCUCAACAGAAGACAACCCACAUGAAAAAAGACUAAUGUCCACAGAAACACUACAGUCCGCAGAAACCCAUAAGUGAGAAACAUACAUGAAACUGACAAAAUAAAGGAAACACCAACAUAAAGUGUCUUAUUAGGUCGUUGGGCCACCACGAACCAGAACAGCUUCAAUGCACCUUGGCAUGGAUUCUAUACUGAACAAAAAUAUAAACGCAACAUGUAAAGUGUUGGUCCCAUUUUGUGUACAAAUUUGUUUACAUCCCUGUUAGUGAGCAUUUCUCCUUUGCCAAGAUAAUCCAUUUACCUGACAGGUGUGGCAUAUCAAGAAGCUGAUUUAAACAGCAUGAUCAUUACACAGGUGCACCUUGUGCUGGGGACAAUAAAAGGCCACUCUAAAAUGUGAAGUUUUGUCACACAACACAAUGCCACAGAUGUCUUUUGAGGGAGCGUGCAAUUGGCAUGCUGACUGAAGGAAUGUCCAACAGAGUUGUUGCCAGAUAAUUAAAUGUUCAAGGAUAACAUUGACCAUUUUUAUACAUGACCCUAAGCGUGAUGGGAUGUUGAUUGCUUAAUUAACUCAUGAACACCACCUCUGUGGAAGCACCUGCUUUCAAUAUACUUUGCAUCCCUAAUUUACUUAAGUGUUUCCAUUAUUUUUGGCAGUUACCUGUACAUGCCAAGUAUAGACCAUAUACUGUGUUCCCUAUAGGUUAUAGAAAAGAGCAGAAGCUCUGAACUAUUCAUUCAGACCCCAGUCCUACCUACAGGUUAUGGAAAAUGGGCUCUUUUAGUAUUUGUCCAGUCAAUUUCCUGAAGGUGAAAUCCCCCACUUCUAUGUCAAAGAUAAUAAAACAAAAACACUAUAGUAAAUCCUAUAGUAUACUACAGUCCGCAAAAACCCUACAUACAUACUACAGUAUACAACAGUCCGCAAAAACACUACAGUUAUUACAAUAAUUUAUACCAAAGUCCACAAAAGCACUACAGUAAUUCAUAUAGUAUAUACUACAGUUUUUUUUACUACAGUAUUUCAACUAUAGUAAACUGUAAAUACUACAGUAUGUCCGCAAAAACACUACAGUGAAUACUAUAGUAUUUACACCAUAUAGUAUUUUUUCAUGUGGGUACUUUCGACAUCUGAAAAACUUUAAUUUUGGAGUGGGAGAACACAUUUAUUCUACUGUCCACUGGUUUGGAAUGUCCACUGCAUACCCCUGGAGUAAUGUCAACUCCAAAGAAAUAGAUUACUAGAAUGGACAUUCUCAUUCAAGUCAAUCUUCCGUGAUAGGUGGACUGUUGGCGGUACCCAUGAGUGUUCGAGUCAAAUUGCCGUGGUCUGAGGGGCUUCUAGUAAUUAUAUUUCAAUGGGCCCCUCUACCUUUGCUGUCUCCCAGGAACCACGUGGACCCAGGAGAUCGUGGACCUGCUGCUUAACAAUGGAGACGCUGAGGUCGCAAGGAGAGCACCCACCUCCGUCCGAAUCCCCUUCCUGGAGAUCCACUCCCCCCCGCCCAUCCCCUCU